AUGGACAUUCGUACAUGGCUGAAAAAGCCAAACACUACACCGGCAGUGUUCCCGCAGCCUGGCAGCAGCUACAGGAGAACCGGAGAAGCCGAAGAGCACCUGCCGAGGCCAUGGCAGCAGGUGCCGAGGCAAAUGGAGGAGAGUGAUUCUCCCGCCAUUCCCCCGGUGCCAACAGCCUCUGACCCGGGUUCAGCGGUGUUCGGGGCGGCGAGGCCACCAUCGCACUCGCAGCAACAGCUUUGUUUACCAGAAGACCUCGGAGUUGAAAAGCCACAGAUGCCCUGGAGGAUCCAAGUGAGACCUGUUGUCAUGCACAGUGAUGAGGUGCAGCUGGCCUCCACAGCAGGGACCCUCCAGCUGCCAGCACCUAUCACCAUCAUCAUCACGGCUCUGGACCGGGUCUGCUUAUCACAGACGAUCACCAUGACAAAGCAGCCCAGGCUCAGAGCAAAGAGGACUCGGACCACUUUGGGCUUUCUCAUGGUGAGUCUUCGGGCAGAGCGAGAGGAGGAUGGUCCCGUUGUUUCAUGCGCUGCUUUCGGUCUACUUAAUCACGGACAGGAGCCUGGAGCCCGUUCGUGGAUGGCCAUCGCCUCUCACCGACCCGGGCAUCCUGGCAUGUCCAGCGCGGAGGACGCACGGAGGAGACCAGGCGCGUCUGCUUGCGUUACCCGCUAUAAGGGUCGGUGUCUCCGGGUACUGAAGGAGGCAGCAGCGGCAUUACUGACAGAAAAGAGCCAGCAAAGAUCAGUGUUUGUGGAAAGGGGGGUCCGGCCCAGAGCGCAGCUGCAGCAGCAGCAGCUGUUUAACCCUUUCUCCACAGGGCGCAGCCUGUGGAUCACCAAAGACUCCUGA